UUUUAUUUUUGCUACUUGCAACACCUACUAACUUCAAAUAAAUAUGUUUUUAUUCAACAGCUGUCGUACUGUGAAUAAGGUCGUAAAGAGAAUUGCUCAAGGCACAAAAAUGGGAAGUUCAUACUCCAGGUCCUAUUCACCUAACAGUGGGCAGCCAAAAAAUAAUACGGAAAGCCGUGGCACAAUCUCCUCCACCGAGUCAAGUAGUCAGUAUGUAGAAUCAGUUGUGUGCAAGGUUAAUGAUCUUAAUGAAAAUGAGAUGAAAGUGUUUGACAUAGGAGAGGAAGGAAAAGUAUUGCUUGUGAAACAAAAAGGGGAGUUUAGUGCUGUGGGCACAAAGUGCACCCAUUAUGGGGCACCUUUAGUUUCUGGAGCUCUUGGGGAUGGCCGAGUGAGAUGUCCCUGGCAUGGAGCAUGUUUUAACUUAAAAUCAGGGGAUAUUGAAGAUUUUCCUGGUUUUGAUUCCCUGCCAUGCUACCAAGUUACAGUAUCUCAAAAGGGAGAGAUCAAGGUAAGAGCAAAAAUCAGUGAUUUGAAGUCAAACAAGCGUAUUAAAGAUAUGGGAAUGGUAUCACCGUGUAAUGAAUCGUCUGUAGUAAUCGUGGGUGGUGGGCCGUCAGGAGCGACUUGUGCUGAGACCCUGCGGAGUGAGGGAUUCAAGGGUCGUAUUACUCUCGUCGCCAAAGAAGACUACCUCCCAUAUGAUAGAAUUAAAGUGUCAAAGAUCGGUACAGCAACGGAUAUAGAGAAACUUCAAGCUAGGUCACAAGAGUAUUACCAAAAUGCUAACAUCGAAGUUCUUAAAGGUGUAGAAGCAACGAAGGUUAACACAGAAAGUAAGACCGUUGAAUUAAGCAAUGGCUCGAAACUUUCCUUUAGUUCUUUGUAUCUCGCAACCGGUUGUAAACCGCGUGUUCCUGAUAUCCCUGGUAUAAAUCUAAAAAAUAUCUACACUGUGAGAAACUUCGAAGAUUCUGUUAAUAUACUAAAAACAUUGGGUUCGGAGAAAGACAAAGAAGUUGUUAUUUUAGGUUUAAGCUUUAUUGGGUUAGAGUCGGCUUCUUCGUGCGUCUCAAAAGCUAAAUCUAUGACAGUAGUCGGAAAGGAUACUUUCCCACUUGGCCAAAUAUUUGGUAAAGAGAUAGGCCAAAGUCUUCUCAAGCUAUUUGAAGAUAACGGUGUGAAAUUUUAUUUUGAAACCACAAUCACAAAAUGCAACGGCGAUAACGGUAUCAUAAAAUCAGUCGAACUGGCUAAUGGUAAAACACUUCCCGCUGAUAUGCUAAUUUUGGGCGUGGGAAGUACUUUUUAUACGGACUUCCUUAAAGAUAGCAAUAUCGCACUAGAAUCAAAUGGUUCCGUCAAUGUAAAUGAUAAAUUAGAAACAAACAUUAAAAAUAUAUAUGCAGGAGGUGAUAUAGCCUUUGCACCAGUAUUCGCCCUCGAAAAUAAACAAAUGGCUAUUGGACACGUUGGCCUGGCACAAUACCACGGACUGAUUGCUGCUAAAAAUAUUUUGAAAAAGGAGACACCUUUGAGAACCGUUCCUUAUUUCUGGACUAUGCUGUUUGGAAAGUCAAUUCGUUACGCGGGCUGCGGAAAAUCGUCUGACUUCCAAAUAGAGGGCGAUGUUGCGGCGCUAAAAUUUGUAAUAUUCUUCUUUAAUGAAUCGGAUAAAGUUAUAUCGGUGGCUUCGUGCAUGAGGGAUCCGGUGGUUUCGCAAUUUGCAGAACUACUGUAUCAGGGUAAGUCGCUAUACAAGAACGAUUUAAAGGGAGAUCCAUUUGCAUGGACAAAAAGUAUUAAUUAAAUACAAAUAAUACAUUGAUGUACAAAAAUCAGUAUUAUUUUAUUAAUUAUUAUAGUAUUUAUUUUUAAAAACAUAAUGCUUCUUUCUAUAUAACAUGUAAGCCAAUAAUAAUAAUUGCAUAUAUUCUAUGCUUUAAAAUAAUAUCAAUGUUUAUAAUUGCAGUUUUAUCUAUAUAUCUUGGGUAAAUAAAAUAGCCAACUAAACUUAAUAUUUUAUUAUAAUAAUAUAUGGUGAUAAAUAUAUAUAUGUAUAUGAUAGCGUUUUGUAAUAGUCUAUUUAGAUUAUACUAAUGUAAAAUGCCUGAUAAUAUAUACGGCCGUGGCCAAUAUAAUUUGAUAAUGAAGUAGUUUUCAUAGACCUUUUUGUGAUCCCAUAUAUCAUGGACAUUACGAAAUAAUUUACGUAACGUUACGUCCACUAUAUAACAUCCGUGAUCGAUGAAAAUAGCUAACAAUUUAUGAAAAAUAUUACUUGUAACUAUUCUUUUCAAGUUAGACUUUAUGAAAGAUGUAAUAAAUAGAUCUUACAAAAAUCGAUGGCUUUAAUUAAAUCAAGGGCAUAAAAAAUAAGUUUCAUUGACAGGAACCUUUGCAAGAUCUUUUUCAAUGUAACUUUGGUCGGUAUUUUACGGGCAAAGACUAUACAAUCAAAACGUUUUAAGAUAAGGCACUGAUUAUAUUUAUAUACCGCGCAUAAAUUAUAAUAUUUUGAACGAAAACCGAUUUGUGAUUUACCUUCACGCUUUAAUAGAGACUUAGGACAAGCAACUUUUUAUAAACUAAACUACUUCACUCUAAGCAAUCACGUUAUGAAGUGAAAUAAUUUGUAU